AGCUAAUGUCAUCUGCCAAAGUUGUGUACGCCAAAAUACGCGAAUUCAUUGCAUCGUAGGGCUCAUUUUGUUAUUUUCGUAAAGAAUCUACCAAUUUCCACCAUGUCGGACAAGGAAAACAAGGAAAAGCCCAAGCUGGACCUCGGUCUGCUCGAGGAAGACGACGAAUUUGAGGAGUUUCCCGCAGAAGAUUGGACCGGAAACAAGGAAGACGAGGAAGAGCUAAGCGUGUGGGAAGACAACUGGGACGACGAUAAUGUGGAAGACGAUUUCAACCAGCAGCUGCGUGCCCAGCUCGAGAAGCACAAGUGAUGACGCCGUUCUUUCAGUUCCGGUCUUAACACGCGUCGCGAAUAAACUGUUAAACUAAACUUCCUGUACAGCUUUA